GGCUGGAGCCCCGUGAGUGGUCGGGCGUGGUGUGCAGGUCGGGGAGGCCCAGAUUGCCGCGUGGCCGGCCAGCCUUUCAAUGGAUCCUGUCCGACCACCCGUCAGGGGCCCUUCUCCUCUGCACCCAUCUCAGCGUGUUCAGAUGCCAGGCGCUUGGCCACAAGCUCCUAAACCUUUGGACUCGGCUCUGGGCAGGGCAAGACCUACAGGUAGAGGCCAUGUAUUUGGAAAGCCAGAGGAACCAAGCCCACAGGGUGGGCCAGCACAAAGGGAAUCUGUGGGUUUGGUCUCCAUGUUCCGAGGACUGGGCCUUGAAACGGUGUCCCAGACCCCUCUGAAACGGGGAAUGCCUCCUUUAGGUAGAGGCAUUUUAGGUCGAGGCUUGUCUACCCGUAUGGCGCACAAGGACAGAGACGAACCCCAUCCCACUUUUCUGGAUCCUUCGGUGUUGGCAGCUGGGGAUAGCAAGAUGGCAGAGGCCUCCAUUGGUUGGAAUAGAAUGCUUGGAAGAGGGAAUGCGGAUGUGUCUUUGUUCCCGUUGGGAAGAGCAGCUGGUGCUAUAGGCAGAGGAGUGUCUAAGACCCCCGGGGGGCUCAGCCCCACUCCUCUAGAUCCCGCCCCGCCACCCCUGCCUCCGCCCUCGCUGUGCUCUCUGGAUCGCCCUGCCCUAGGGACUGCGGAACACAAGGAAAAAGAGCUUUUUGUGAAGCAAGGAUCCAAAGGAACACCUCAGUCUUUGGGAUUAAACCUUAUCAAGAUACAGUGUCAUAAUGAGGCAGUUUAUCAGUAUCACGUGACUUUCAGCCCGAAUGUGGAGUGCAAAAGCAUGAGGUUUGGCAUGUUGAAGGACCACCAAGCUGUCACUGGCAACGUCACUGCUUUCGAUGGAGCCAUUCUCUAUCUGCCUGUAAAGCUUCAACAACUUCUUGAGUUAAAAAGUCAAAGGAAAACUGAUGGUGCAGAGAUCAGCAUUAAGAUCCAGUUGACGAAGAUCCUGGAGCCCUGUUCUGACUUGUGCAUUCCCUUCUACAAUGUUGUUUUCCGUCGGGCAAUGAAACUUUUAGACAUGAAGCUUGUGGGAAGAAACUUCUAUGACCCUGCAAGUGCUAUGGUGCUACAGCAACACAGAUUGCAGAUCUGGCCAGGCUAUGCAGCUAGCAUCCGGAGGACAGAUGGAGGCCUUUUUUUGCUAGCCGAUGUCUCCCAUAAGGUCAUUCGGAACGAUUCUGUGCUGGAUGUCAUGCAUGCCAUGUAUCAGCAGAACAAAGAAAACUUCCAGGAUGAGUGUACUAAGCAUCUGGUUGGCAAUAUUGUUAUAACCCGAUACAACAAUCGUACCUAUCGUAUUGAUGAUGUGGACUGGAAUAAGACUCCAAAAGAUAGCUUCACAAUGUCUGAUGGGAAGGAGAUCACAUUCUUGGAAUACUACAGCAAAAACUAUGGAAUCACAGUUAAGGAAGAGGACCAGCCGCUGCUGAUCCACAGGCCCAGUGAGAGACAGAAUAACCAAGGGAUGCUGCUCAAAGGUGAAAUCCUGCUGCUGCCGGAGCUCUCCUUCGUGACGGGAAUCCCUGAGAAGAUGAAGAAGGACUUCAGAGCCAUGAAGGACUUGACCCAGCAGAUCAACUUGAGCCCCAAACAGCACCAUAAUGCACUGGAAUGCUUGCUACAGAGAAUUUCAAAGAAUGAGACAGCUAGCAAGGAACUGACGCGCUGGGGACUCUGUUUGCAGAAGGAUGUGCAUAAGAUUGAAGGACGUGUUCUGCCACUGGAAAGAAUUAACUUAAGAAAUACUUCAUUUGUCACAUCUCAGGAGCUAAACUGGAUUAAAGAAGUAACCAGAGACCCUUCCAUCUUGACUGUCCCCAUGCAUUUCUGGGCACUGUUUUACCCAAAGAGAGCAGUGGAUCAGGCCCGAGAACUGGUUAACAUGUUAGAGAAGAUAGCUGGCCCCAUUGGCAUGCGCCUGAGCCCACCAGCCUGGGUUGAACUGAAGGAUGAUCGAAUAGAGACCUAUAUCAGGACCAUUCAGUCCAUGCUGGGAGUUGAGGGGAAGAUACAGAUGGUUGUUUGCAUCAUCGUGGGCACACGUGACGAUCUCUAUGGGGCCAUUAAAAAGCUGUGCUGUGUGCAGGCUCCCGUGCCCUCGCAGGUCAUCAAUGUCCGAACCAUUGGUCAGCCCACCAGGCUUCGGAGUGUGGCCCAGAAAAUUUUACUUCAGAUUAACUGUAAACUGGGUGGUGAGCUCUGGGGAGUGGAUAUUCCUCUGAAACAACUCAUGGUGAUUGGGAUGGAUGUCUACCAUGACCCCAGCAGGGGCAUGCGGUCCGUGGUUGGCUUCGUUGCAAGCAUCAAUCUCACCCUCACAAAAUGGUAUUCACGAGUGGUGUUCCAGAUGCCUCACCAGGAGAUCGUGGAUAGCCUGAAGCUGUGCCUGGUGGGCUCCUUAAAAAAGUUCUAUGAGGUAAACCACUGUCUCCCAGAGAAGAUUGUGGUGUACCGUGAUGGAGUAUCUGAUGGCCAACUAAAGACAGUUGCCAACUAUGAGAUUCCUCAGCUACAGAAGUGUUUUGAAGCUUUUGAGAAUUAUCAGCCCAAGAUGGUGGUAUUUGUAGUUCAGAAGAAAAUCAGCACCAAUCUAUACCUGGCUGCCACUGAGCACUUUGUGACUCCCUCCCCUGGGACUGUUGUAGAUCAUACGAUAACAAGCUGUGAGUGGGUGGACUUCUACCUUCUUGCCCAUCACGUACGGCAGGGUUGUGGCAUUCCUACCCAUUAUGUCUGUGUUCUCAACACUGCAAACCUGAGCCCUGAUCAUAUGCAGAGGUUGACUUUCAAACUAUGCCACAUGUACUGGAAUUGGCCUGGUACCAUCAGAGUUCCAGCUCCUUGCAAGUAUGCCCACAAGCUCGCUUUCCUGUCGGGACAAAUACUGCAUCAUGAACCAGCCAUCCAGCUGUGUGAGAACCUCUUCUUCCUGUGACGGGACAGCCAGGAUGUAGGCUAGUUAGAGGAAGCAGACUUCUGGACGCAGCCGUGACUCAUGCGGGGUCAGCAGAGACUGACGGAGUUUUGUGUUGGUGUUUUCCCUUUUGCCAACCCAGUAGAAUAAGAUUUCUGUUUUUUUCUCUUUAAUACAUAGCACCAAGAAGCGAGUUCCAUUCUAAGUGUGAGCUGGAAAUUGCCUUGUUGUUGCCUUUGUAGAGCAAAUGGGGGUAGUAUUGCCACUGCGUAGGUGGGAGUGGGUGAAUACAGGAGAACCUUUAAGAGCCUCCAAGCCAACAGGAGCUGUAGAAACCUGCCAAAGCAGCAAUUACACCUCUAAACGUUGCUUACUAAGCAGUUCCCAUUUCUGGCACCAGAGGUGAUAAUGAAUGAAGUCAUGCAAGUUUCUUAAAGUAGAGUCACUUUACUUGGGCAACUGGGAAAGGUAAUAAAAAGGCCUGUGAGGCAAAGUUUUUAAGAUAUUGCUGUUGCUGGCAAGUGUGAAAGUCAUAUAGUAAAACCAGCUGGUGGCAUAAUCAGGCCCCUCCUGCCCUGAUCUCUGGGGACUGAGUUUCUGACACUGGUGACUUGAGCUGGCUUUGAAAGGGUGUUUAGCUAUUGCUUGGCCUCCUGAGAGAGGUUGGAUGCAAUUUUUUCUGUAUAUUCCAGUUGCUUUACAGUAUACCAUGUUGAUUUCUUCCAACACACCCCACCCCUGCAAACAUGCAGGCACAUUCACAUACACACCCCUUUGCUCUUUGUUACUGAGCUUUAGUAAGUUUCAGUUUCUACAUUAAGAAUCACAACAUGUGAAAUCCAACAGCUAGGAAGGUUCAUGAAUGGGUGUUUUUCUUGAACUGUUCUCCCAGGUGUGUGGCUUUCUUGUCUGUUGAUAUAUAUAUGUUUGUAAAUUGAAUCAUUCAUUUCCCUUGCUCAAUAACCUCUUCCCGGCUGUUGGCUCAUUUUGUUAGGAAUUUUUCUGAAUCCAGGUUAAGAUUUCCAGAAGUCAGCUUUGGAAAAUCUGACACCUCUUCCAAAGUCCAGACAUUUCAGUUUAGAAAGUUGUCACCACGCCGGUAGGUUUCAGUGUUUUGGGGAAGCGCUGUUUUUUUGCGUUUAUUUUUCCCCAUUUUAAAAUCUUCUUCCAGUCCCUUCAGAGUUAAUUCAGUCUUGUUUUGCCUUAACUGGGUUUCAAAAGCCAGUUUUAUUUAACCUUUUCAAAUUUGUAUGUAUUUAUUUAUUUUUUGGUGUGACGGCAGGGAGGGGACGAAGCAGAAAUUCCCAUUUUAUGUGACAGUGUGUGAGAAGAGAAACUUUAGCUUAAAACUCCUUAGAAGACAGCGCCCAGCAGAGGUUGAGGAGCUCUGAGGCUGCUGGUCCUCAGUGUGCACUUCUGGUUUCGUCUGGAGUGCGGGACACAGGGUAAGGCUCAGACCUGGGAUUUAAAAACCACUGAAUCAACCAGAUUGGAUCACUGGCCCCUGGCUUAACAGAUCAGUUUUCUGAUUCUCUUUGGGAGUAUUUUGAACUUCUCUUUUGAAGUUGGAUUUCCUAAUAGUCGUUUUCUCUUAUAUAAUCAGAAAAGACAAAUACUUGAAUAUAAUACAAAAAUUUCUUCGCUGUUUAUUCCUAGUUUUCUUGCCUUGUUUUUUGGUCUUA